UUUCAAUAUUAUUUUAAACUGCUUUAUCCGGUAGGAAAGUGUCUUUUAAAGGUUACUGAUUUUUACAUAAGCCAAAAUCAGGUUUCACUUUUCUUUUUUUCACUAAAUUUUUAACGUAAAAAAUCUUUUUUUCUUCAAUCGUUUAAAAAUAUUGAAUUUUCUGCUUAGUCACAACUUUGACUAAAAUUUUUUUCUUUUCUCGCUUUCAUAAUAGCUUUUCUUAACGUUUUGUUUCAUAUUGAAACUUUUUCAACUUCUCCUUUAGAUCUAAGAAAUUAAAACAAUUUUUUGUAAAAAAAUACGAAAAUUGAGCUUGCAAUAUUUCUUUAUUAUUUUAUUACAUACAUUGAGCUGAAACAAGCAAUUUUUUUUGUUAUCUCUCAAAUUGAAUAAGAUAUUUUUUUUUGUUAAGUAUAAAGCAUUCUUCGGCGUAUAAAAAAUUUGUAUUUUUCGUAAAAAAAAAGAAGUUUAACAAAUUUAUACCUUUUCUUUUCUUUGUCCGCUAUUUUUGAAUUCAGUUUUUUUUAAUAUUAAAUAAAAAAAACUUUUUUUUUGUCUUCCCAACUGUGUCGAGAUAAUUCAUAGUUUUUUUGCAUUUUGUUCUUAUAGCUCUUUUUUUAACCGCAAACUAGAGUGUUUUAACAAAAACGAAAUCAGUUUAAAAGGAGUUCUUAGUUUCUAACAAAGUAACUUUCAACUCGGAUUUGUUCUUUCAUUUUCAAUCGUUAGCAUUACAAUUCCUUUUUGAAUUUUUCCCAUUUUAUCAUUUACUUAUUAAAUCAUUCUUUUUCUACCUCAUUAAAUUUGUAAGAGAAUUGAUAAAAUAAAUAUAUUGACGUUUUCAAAAUGAAUCUGGAAGCAUCAUUAAAUCAAAAAACUAAACAGCCAACUAAUUAUUCAUCAACAACACCCGGAUAUCCAGCAACGGAGACAGUCUAUCCAACUCAAACACGUAUUCAAUCCAGUAAUUCAAAAUAUGUUCCUCCUAGUCGUCGUAAACUAUUACUGGACGCCGAUAAUGCAACUUUUCAACAUGACAAUUUGACCUAUUCCGCACCAAGAAACAUGAAUAAUGCCAAAUAUAAUUCAACAGAUUCUUAUAGCUAUCAUUCGCGUAACAAAAAUAACAGUUUCAACUCGUUUCAAAACUCCAAUAAUUUUGGUAAUGAUAGAUGGAAAAUUACAAAUCCUGGUAAUAGACAACAAAAAUAUACACCUGGAAGCAAAUUUUCAAAUGCAUCGUAUAAUAACAAAUCUUUUGGUAUGCGUCAACGUGAGUCGAGCACUGGAACUCAGUGGGAUGUUCGUGAUGGGCGAUGUUGGUUAAGUGAGAAUCCUGAUGAAAUUUUUACAAAAGAUAAAAAUAAAUCUGUUGGAAUCAACUUUAACUCGUAUGAUGCGAUUCCCGUUGAUUGUACGGGAAGAGAUAAUGAUAAAAUUGUCCCAAUUAACUCUUUUCGUGAAACUAAGGGUAUUCAUGCGCUAUUAGCUGAAAAUAUCGACCGGGUUCAAUACGAGCGACCAACUCCCGUUCAAAAGUACUCAAUUCCUACUAUACUCGCAGGCCGUGAUUUAAUGGCUUGUGCACAAACGGGCUCAGGAAAAACUGCAGCUUUUUUGUUUCCUAUUAUUACCAAUAUGUUAAAUGAGGGCCCUCCCACCAAUUCAUCUAGAUUUUUACGUCGAAACGGAAAGUUACCAGCAUUACCUGUCACAUUAGUGUUAUCUCCUACAAGAGAAUUAGCCGUUCAAAUUUACGAAGAAUCAAAAAAGUUUGUCUACAACACAGGUAUUCAAACGGUUGUUUUGUAUGGUGGGAAUGAUUUGAAACAUCAAAUUAACAUGCUGGAAAAUGGUUGCGAUAUUUGUGUUGCAACACCUGGACGUUUGGGUGAUUUGGUGAAGCGAGAUAAAAUUUCAUUUGGUCUUGUUAAAUAUUUGGUUUUGGAUGAAGCAGAUCGCAUGUUAGACAUGGGUUUCGCUCCUCAAAUUUAUUCUAUAGUCAUGCAAUCCGAUAUGCCUACAUCAACACAAGGGCGUCGUACAGUUAUGUUUAGUGCGACAUUUCCUACUCAAAUUCAAAAAUUAGCUUUGGAAUUUCUUCAUGAUUAUAUUUUUUUAACAGUUGGCCGUACGGGUGCAACAAAUGAUUUUAUAACUCAAAAUCUUAUUUAUGCAAACGAAAAAGCAAAACCAAACAGACUUUUAAAUAUUUUAUCCGAGUGUAAGGGAGGUUUAAUGUUAGUGUUUGUUGAAACAAAAAAAAAGGCUGAUCUAAUAGAAAAAUUUUUAAUUGAGUUUGGUUUAUCCGCUGUUGCUAUUCAUGGUGAUAAAACACAACACGAUCGAGAAAAAGCAUUAACUUCGUUUCGUACUGGGAAAAAACCUAUUUUAGUGGCAACAGAUGUAGCAGCAAGAGGUUUAGAUAUUCAUAAUAUUGAACAUGUCGUCAAUUGUGAUUUACCUUCACGCAUUGAUGAUUAUGUACACCGGAUUGGACGUACUGGGCGUGCUGGAAAUCGAGGCAUUGCUACAAGCUUUGUUAAUGAAAAAGAUCGUCCCGUUCUACGAGAUUUAUUGGGUCUCUUGGAAGAUGCUAAUCAAGAAGUUCCUUCUUGGUUUUAUGAUAUGGUUCGUACUUGUACUUCUGCCCAUCGUUCUUUUACUUAUAAUUCCAAGUCAACAUAUGGAAAAACGUUUCAAGUACGAGGACAACGACAAGAUACUUUCGGCGGACAUGAUUUUAGAAACAGCAAUCGUUCUGGAGCCAAUUCCACAGCACUCUCAACGACACGGCAUUUUCAGCCAACAAGUAAUAAUUAUCAUAAUAGUACUAGUAAUUCAAAUCAAGUUAAUCAUCUUCGUACGACAGAACCACAACAUCGAUACGUUGAAGCAACAUCGCAUAGCAAAGUAGAUGAGGAAGAUGGCUGGUAAUGUUUAUUAAAAUCUUAUUUGGAAAAUUCGCUUGACAUGUAAAAAACACAUUCUUUUCGUUAAUAUUAUGAAACAAAAUAAUUUAGUUUAUAAAAAAGUGUUAGUUAAUUUUUCACUUUAAAUGCAUACAGCGUUUCUUUUUUUUUAGUUAAAGCAUAAAGUUGUGUAAUGUUUUUUUUUGACAUGAUAAAAAAAAAUAAUUUCAUAUUUAUA